CAAUAGAAUUUCAUGGGGAUCAGUAAUUAUUGAGAUCAAACUUCGAUGGUUUAUUGUAAGCAAAGCACCGAAGUGGAUUAGUUCGCCGAUGUAUUAACGGGAAAUGCAAUCUAUUGUUCAGUACAAGACAGAGACAAAGUGUGGGGCUGUUGAGAUGAAAGCUAUUAACCAAGUAACGCUUUCAUUUUGUACUGAGUAUUGAGUUGUACUGUUUAUUACCAAAUUGUUAACAAGUCUUUGGAUGAACUUCAAGUCGUGUACGGCGUCGAUUCCGUGCUGGGAAAGCCACUAAGCUGUACUUAAAUCCCGGCGUGAUACUGUUUAUUUUAAAAGCUGUGCUGUUAGUUCCAAUUCAGUAAGGUGUUAGAUCCAAAGAUGUGACCAUUCAAAUAAAAUUUACAGUGCUUCACCUUCAAAUUGCACUGUUUAUUUUGCUGAACAUUGCGGCUCUAGCUCUCUAGUCUGCGAAUGAAACGUGAUUAAGUAAAACCCCUAGUGCCGCCGUUGACCCUUUCAAUAUUGAUGUGCAAGAUGACACGAAAACGUUGGCAAUUGACAAGAUUGGAAGGGGAAGAGAGGCGAAGGAAUAUCAUAAACGGUUGUUCUGGAAAUGUGACCCUACUCAUUAUGUCUGCAAGUAUAGGGAAGGCAGUUCUUUCAUAUGCUACUCUUAAUUGUGCUGUACAAGGUUUUUUUUUUUCUUCUAAUUUUUAAGUAACUGGAUAAACCUUUAGUGUUUGACCAUUCAAAUGAAUACUGUUUACCUACUGUAAAAGUGUAGUUUGAUCGUACCAGUCAAAGCGACCGAGGUGUUUAUCAUGUUGUUCAGAUCAAUUCUAAGACCUUCUAACAUUUAAAUCUGAGGAUGGAAAACCUCAGCAGUGUUUGACCAUUCGAAAAAAUGCCUAAGCAGAACUGUCAUUAUUAGAAUAUUGAUGGAUGCUUCUAUCUGAAGUAACUCUAUUUGUUUGGAGUGGAUAUGAAUUACGCGCGAAAUCUUUUGGCAAAUUAUUAGAUCUUCCAUUCCCAAAAGCUUAUUCUCUUCGAUUUGUUUAUCCUAAUCCAUAACUGUAAAUAUGUAUUUAAAGGGCUGUAAAUUUGUAACUUUAAGCAUGAGUGACUAUCUAGGGAGUGCAAUAUCUUGAGUGCAAAGUCUACACUAAGCGAUUUUGUUUGUUUCACUUUCAUUUGGUUUUAAGUAGCAUCAAACGUGAUAUCUUGACUGUUGUAUAGGAAAAAGAAAAAGAAAAAUUUCCUCGAUCGUUGCCGCAAUUCGUAUUGCGUUGCGAACCUUUGAACCUUCUUGUAUAAAUUACAUUACAAAAUGGGCGCGCGCAAUGCGAAGAAUUUUUAUUGAAAUAAAAACCUUUCCACCACUCAGUCUAUCAAACAUCCAACUAAAACCACCCAGGCAUUUUAAGUUGCUCUUCAAACCCUCGAGUUCUUCUGUUCAAUCUAGAUAAGAAUAGGUUUAGAGCUUAUUACCUCGAUACGGGUGACUAGAAUGACGUCAUCUUGAGCGUGUGUCGCCAGUGUGAGGCCAUAGGUUACGUGGCCGAAUGGUUCACAAACACGGCGAUGACUUGUUUGCUUAAAGUUACGAAAGAUUACAAGAACAAGGAAAGUGUAUACAAGUAGGGUGAUCCUCCUUUGACAGGAUUUUGGAACAGCCGUUGUUUUAAACGUGAUUUAACAACGCAUGAUAGUAACAUAUUGAUGAAACAUGCUGUAUCACGGCAAUUCAAAUUAUACCCGAGGCAAAUCAAACAAUCACAAACACCGCGGAUCAGCAAAUAUACGGAUGUCUUUUUUGGGCCAAUUAAAGGAAAGGCUUUGUUCUUUUGUUUGUAGCUGUCAAGCCGAUUAAGAAAUCAGUCAAAGUUCUUUUCACUUGGUGCAGAUUGUGAAUUCUUAAUUGUACUCGACAGAGCCAUUAAAAGGAUCAGUGGAGAUUACUCAUAGGAAUAAAACACGGAACAAAUUUUCUUGAUCUCGUGAGCUGAAGGAGUCUUUUGUUUCGAAGAAAGGCUAAGAAUGUCUGUACAUAAAAGAACGCGUGACGCUCAGUUUGUUUAGAAAAGACCAGCACUGAAAGCGAAAACUUUGCAAGUUUUCGGGAUUACAAUUUGUAAUAUCAAGACUUCAAGGUAGCUCUUGAAACGAUGUUCUCGCAAAAAGGACUCCACAGACAUCCAGUAAAUAAAUGGAAUGAGCGAGAUGUCUGCAGAUGGCUGAAGAAGAGAGGGUUGGGAAAACUUUGGAGGAAUUUUCAUGAUAAAAAAGUAGAUGGCAAAGUUUUACUACAAAUCACAAGUCAAUAUCUUGAUCGCCUCGGAGUAUCAAACCCGACAUCACGUGAUAAGCUCUUAACAGCCGUCCACGAACUCAAGCUUUUCGGGGGCUCCAUUCCAGAUGAGAGAAUGUUUCGCAGUCCACGGCCUAAAAGGAGGUCCCUUCCAGCCCGGCCCGCGGGCAUGCAUGAAAUUUUACUGAAAGAAGCGUUGUCCGAUUCGGUAGAGAAAGGGGUUUCUCAGCGGAGGGAACUGGUGGAGAGGAAAACACCGCAGAGAGUUCUUCAAGAACAGACAGAGGAGAUGUUGUCUGAGCCAGAAAAGGGAACCGUGCAAGUGCGCACACCUGGACUUAACCCUGACACAGAAAUUACAAGCAUCGAAAUCACCAAUCAGACCACAAGUAAGGAGCUUGUCCGUUUGCUGCUUGAGAAGUAUAACGAGCUUUCAAAGGAUCAUAACCUGUUUUAUAUAGCAGUGGAGAUUGAGAUUCAGAAGAAAGAUUCCAGUCUCCCGAUGUCCCAGAUGAUGGUAUUGGCCGACGAUGCCCGUCCUUUGCAAAUUCAGUCCCGUCAACCAACAGGGGAGGCCAAAUUUCAUUUGAAGAUGAAAAGCGGCGGACUUCUAAGAGUUCAAGCUGGAAUUCUGAGCCCAGGGGCAACCUACAAAUGCGUGCAGAUAUCUCGAAAAACUAGAGCCGACGAGGUCGUAAAGAUGAUUUUGUCCAGUUAUGGUAGCGAUGCACCGCCUGAGAAGUUUGUCCUGGUGGAAAGAUUGUCAGAUUCAGAAGCUGGUCGUAUCCUAGAGGCAGACGAGUAUCCGUUAGAAGUACAGUCUCGAUGGGAGACUGGUGACCAAGGAACGUUCACUUUAACUCAAGCCGAGUUUGAGGGUAUCCUUCUUAGUGACGAAAAGAACCCACCAAAUCAACAAGGUUCUUGUAGUGACAACGAAAUGAACACCACAAGUGCUAGCGACCAAAAAACGACCUCGUCCUCUUCAGAAACAGAAGACAAGGAAAAUAAGGAGGAAGUAAGCAAGCGCCGAACUUCGAUCGAUGCGCUAGAUUUGCAAACUGUCAAUCAAAUCAAGCGUAAAGUUUCUCAGAUAGACAAUUUGAGACAUAAAUUCCAGGAAUACCAUGAAUUCCACGGAAGCCACAGAAGGACCAGUCAGUCGAGUUCGAAUGAAGUAUUAGUUCAAGAGCCCAAGAAACGCAAAGUUUCGCAGAUCGAUCUCUUCAGGAGCAAAUUUUUGGCGUAUUAUGGCGGUAAAAUGGAAGGACCUGGCGCUUUGGAUCCGUUGAGUGAGAUCGUGAAGGCCAGCGAAACCGCUGGUAAAAAUGGACAGAACAAGAAGUCGCCUCCAUCACGAUCACCUUCGGCUGAACAUUCUGAUGGUGAAGAACUACCGCGUUUCUCAUCUUCGCCUCCUCCUUACCUCCGUGAUAACAACAACAAUAAUAGACACAAAAGCAACAGCAGUAAAAACAACUAUGUCUCACGUAAAGACUUAAAUAUUGUAAACAUUAGGAAGGAUUCUCCUACCGAGACAUCACAUCUACCACGUCUCAGUUUAGCAAGUGUUCUUCAGCGUUGUAAACUCAUUACUGUGAUUCUUAACAGAGAAGCGGAGGAGUCCUGGGGCAUAGAGCUCGUUCACGUUACAAAAACAGGCUCUUCGGUGAGCCCGAAUGACAUCAAUGAGAAAGAUUGUGACGAGGAGAAAGUAGUUUAUGUUCAACAUAAUGGACCCGGACAGAAUUCCAUUAUAAACACGUCUUGCGCAGGCAAUGUUAGUAAUCAGUUGUCUGAGCCGACCUCGCCCCUCUCCGAGAGCUCCUCAGGCUCGAGUGAGCAGGAAAUAACAACCAUUCUAGGAACAAAUGAUCGAUCAAGAACUGUGACGGAGAAGUUGAAUGGAGACAUGCGCCAUAUUGUUCACAAACAGAACCUUCACAGAAGAAUAGGAACCAUAAUUAAACCCAAUAUUUUCCAAAGUCCUAACUUAAGUCCCACCUCAUCGAGGCCUGAUUCAGCAUCUACAUUGCGACCUACCAAUCCCCUUCCACCAAGACCUUCUUCUGCACUUGCGCAAUGGAAGAAAGAGGGCAGUCCUCAACCUCGUCCCGGUGUACGCAUUGUGGCACUGACGGAGGGAGGGGUAGCGGAGAGAAGCAAAGAAUUGGCUGUGGAUGACUUAAUUGUUGAGAUAAAUGGCCAUUUUGUGCUCAAUUCUCCACUAGAACCUGUCAUCGCUGCGAUGAAAGAAGCUGAUUCAGUGUCUCUUGUUGUGGCAAGAUCCAAGCUCUCUGAAGUAAAACCAGAAGAAGAAGACAACAAAACUGAUUACAAAGACGACAUCAAAGCCUUGACGCUACAAAUAAAGAAUCUUGUUACUAAAGUCGGCGAAAUGCAGAGCGAUUUGAAAAAGAAAGACGACAAAAUAAAAACCCUGAAGAAAAUGGUCAAGAAAAAUAGCGGGGAUGGAAAAGGGAAAAUUUACGAGUCUGUUCAAGUACUUGUUUAACAAUCUGUGAAAAGCAUCCUAAAGCGCGUGUAAAGGAUGCUUUGGAUGGGCGCGGUAGGCGAGGGGUACACCAACGCCUCACAAGCAUUAUUUGGCAAACCAGUCUGUUUUACAGGACUGACAAGUUGUCAUUCUUGUCACCCCUGCAAGAGAAAGAGAGGGUCAUAGGCGCCACUCCACUCCCCUCCCCUCUCUUGCCCGGGUGUGUGUCGACCAGGUUUUAACUGAUAUAAUUCACAUUCAACAUGAGGAAAGAAUUGGCAGAUAGCUUGGCAUCUUCCCAAACAAACAGAAAUAUUUAAUACUUUGACAUACUCUAAUUAGGUAUCAUCGAUACAUCAGAAAACACUAAGAGCAUGACCUUGACCUUUGAAUAAAGGCUCACUUCAUUCAACGCAGUAAAAAAUAUAUCAAAUAUUUAUGUCCACAUCACACAAAAAUUCAACCUCGCGAAAAAUUAAUUUUAAGGACAGUAAACUAGAUAUUACUUACUGUCGCAAAGAGAGCAAAAAUUUAUUCCUUAGAGAACGUAAUGAAAUAAAAGCGACGUAAAAUUACAUUUUAAACUUACUCAGACGAAAAUAAUAAAUUACAUUGGCAAUAAAGAGUAUACGUUCAAGCAACAUCAAAGUAAGAAUAAAUUUGAAAACCG